CAGAGAUUGAGAAAGGCAUACCAAAACGCAACCACUACAUAUAUAGAUCGAUUUCUUCACUUAAGAACUGUUUGACUCUUUCUUCUUCCUCCUCCUCUACUGAUUACUGUGAUGCGUGGUUGCUGCUGAAAUUAAAAAAAAAAAAAAAUCGGGUUCGGUAGUUGUUACCGUGGAGCUGUUUGAAUCGCGCAAAUCUGUUUGGAGGAAACUCUUCUUCCCAUUUUCUCCAGCAGUGAUUAUAUCUCUCCAUUGCCACCAAAAACUCUUCUUGGCGGCUAACCCAACAAGCGACUGUUCGUUGCCAAACUAUCUUCAUUUCUGUUUUGUGUAAAAGAUUCUGAGUUGUUAUUCUUCUUCAUCGAUCUGAUAAUGACCAACCCGGCUCCUCCUGCUGAUCAAACUGUUGAAUAUUUGCAGAAGUUGACAUUGGAUUCGGAAUCUAAACCAUUUGAAGUUCCUAACAAUGCCAAGAAGUAUUCUUCAGUGAAUUCGGGCAUACUGGCGAAUGGUUUGAACAAGCCAUUUGAGAGAUCUUCAACUCCUUCAAGGCAAGAUUUUGUGGAUCCCGGCUACUGCUUCUUACCAAAUGCAUACCCAUCUCCAAUUUAUUAUGGAGGUGGUGAGUGGGACGAUUACAGUUAUGCUAACAGCAAUGGAGUGGAUGUGUCCACUGGUGCUUAUAAUAACAAUGGUUCACUUAUGUACCAACAAGGAUAUGGUUAUGCACCUUAUGGAGCAUAUCAUGCACCUGGUUCUCCUGUUCCAACUAUGGUCCAUGAUGGGCAGAUCUAUGGACCUCAGCAUUACCAGUACCCUUCAUACUACCCGUCUUCUGCACCAACCAAUGGGUCGUAUGCACCAAAUACUCUGCAAGCUGGACUAACUGCUCCUGCUGCAGCCGAUCAAGUUCCUUUGCCUCUGGAGACUGUCAAAGUUAACAGUAAUGCGACGAAUGCUGGAGUCAAUUCGUUAAGUGUACCCAAGCCACAUAGACCAAAUUACCAAAACUCAUUUUUGCUUGAUGCCUCAGUAUUUCCUGAUGGGAAGUCGAAGCAUGUGCCAGUUUCACAUGGAAAUAAUUUUGUUAAUGGGAGGAAUCCGAAUCUUUACCCAUUCUCGCACCUCACGCCUAGACCAAAUUCUUCAAUGAAUCAAGCUGGAUAUGAUAGAAUGUAUCCAAAUAACAGGAUAUAUGGUCAAUAUGGAAACAUGUUUAGGACAGGGGGAGGAUAUGGAAUUCCAAAUUAUGAGCGUAGAAUUAACGGACGUGGAUGGAUGGGAACUGAUAAUAGGUACAAGCCCAGGGGCCGUGCUAAUGGCUCUUUCGUCCCUGACAGUCCGUACGAUGGAUUAAACGAAUUAAACCGAGGACCUAGAGCCAAAGGAUUCAAGAAUUCGAAAGACCUUGAACCUGCCACGAUAGCGAUGAAGGGUCAGACUAAUCAACUGAAUACUGUCGUGAGUAAUGAGGAAAAACUGUCUCAAUUAGACUUGGGUCAAUAUAACACAGAGGAUUUCCCUGAGGUUUACAAAAAUGCCAAGUUUUUCAUCAUCAAGUCUUACAGUGAGGAUGAUGUCCACAAAAGUAUUAAGUAUGGUGCAUGGGCCAGUACACCUAAUGGAAAUAAGAAACUAGAUGCUGCAUAUAGGGAAGCUCAAGAAGUAGCUGAUGGCUGUCCUGUGUUCCUGUUUUUCUCUGUAAAUGCAAGCGGCCAAUUUGUUGGUGUGACGGAGAUGUUAAGUGCUGUUGAUUUUGAUAAGAGUCUUGAAUAUUGGCAACAAGACAAGUGGACAGGCUACUUUCCUGUAAAAUGGCAUAUUGUGAAGGACAUUCCAAAUAGUUUAUUGAAACACAUAAUAUUAGCAAACAAUGAGGACAAGCCAGUGACUAAUAGCCGAGACACACAAGAGGUUAAAUUGGAGCAGGGUAUUGAAAUGCUCAAGAUUUUCAAGAGUCACCCAAGUAAAACAUGCAUAUUGGAUGAUUUUGUGUUUUAUGAAGCUCGGCAGAAAAUUAUACAGGAGAAGAAAGCUAAACAGCAACAGUUCAAUAAAAGGGUGGGGAGUGCCAAGGUUUCUGAAGCAAUUGAUGGCAAAGAGAGAAUCGACUCUCUCUUGCAGAAGUCAUUAGAUGUUGCUUCUCCUGUUUUGGUUGAAGAUCCUGCAGCAUCGGAUGGCCAUCAAACCUCAAAGCCUGCUCUUGUAACAGACAAGUCCAUUGGGGUUGCAAGUGCUUCUUGAUUUUAUUUUUUAUUUCUUGUUUUUUUUUUUAAAUUUCGUCUUUCCUUGUCUUUUCUUAGGUAGUUUGUUGAAUUUGUAGCUGCUUUGCAAAGUUUUGCUUAUGAAUUACUAGUAUAGAGAUCGAAAUCUUAUGACUUCCAAUCAAAGACUCUUUAAUUUCUUUUGCUUAAUGAACACAAUAAUACAAACAUGAUCAUGGGUAAUUCUGUUAUCUUCCUUUAA